AUGGACAUAAUUGAAAGUGGAAAGCCAUCUGAUUCAAACCAAGGAUAUAGUAAAAGAUCCAAGUUGCUUGCACACAGCAAUGUGGUGGAGUUUAUGGGAAAAGUUCAUGAAGAUAUCUUAAAUCAAGAUAAAUUGUUAAUCAACGGGGUAGAUCUGCCUGUCAUUUUUUCGCCAGAAAAACUCGAAUUUUACUUGUAUUGCAAAGACGACGUUCAGCCAUUACUAAUCAAAAUUAUAGAAGCGACAAUGUACAUGAACCAUGUAACUGUCAAUCCGAACAUCUUAUAUGCACAUGAAAGUGUUCUCCAAAGAUCUAAUACAAUAUAUUUAUAUAAACGUGUAGAAGUGAAGGUAUGUACUCUACCCGCAAACACAUUUUCACUUUCACUCGAUAAUGUGGCCAUUGGACCUAACUUGCUGGUGUUCGGUAUGGUAGACAAUGAGGCAUAUACAGGAAAACGGUCGAAAAAUUCAUACAACUUUAAACACAAUAAUCUGACAAGGUUCAAUUUAUCAGUCAAUGGAGUACAAGUACCGAACCAACCUCUAGAGUUUGACUUUUCAAAUGAACCUCCCAUUAGAACGCGAGGAUAUCUAAGCUUGUUCAAGGGUACUGGAAUAUAUUAUUCCGACCAAGACAAUUUCAACAAUUCAUGUGGAAAUCUACUGAACCAGGGCACGAUUAGGAUUCGAUUCAAAAACACUCUAAAACAAAGCACCACAUGCGUUGUUUACGCAGAGUAUGAGAACAGUAUCGAGAUAGACAAGGCUCGGAAUAUUUUCACGAGCUAUUAA